AGAGAAUUAGUGAAAGAAGAACACGAAGAAGGAGAAGAAGGUUCACGAAGAGAUGGAGAAUAUUUUCGAUGUAUGUAAACAUUACAGAAUCUUGCACGUAAGUAAAUACUGUGCGUGUACCAUUCAUCGUUCCAUUCAUCACAAACUUGUCCACAGGUCGAUCAGGGUUUCAAUGAGGAUCCUCUCACGACUUACAAAUCACUUGCUAAUCGAGGAAUGCGGAAAGAAAACAAAAUCUCCUCACCGCUCUAAAAACGGACAUUUACGGACUUUUCGAGCCCUAAUUUAUCCAUCGUGUCUGGAGAAUAUUAAUUUGGAGGUAAUAACUAUUGUUAAAAGGAGUUUUUCACACUUUGGCGAUUUUGGGACUGUCAUCAUCAGACUUGAAGAAUUGAUUUCCAAUUUCCUCGAAUCGAAUCCGAAGAGUUCUCCUCAGUUUCUACAAAAUCUGAAGAAUUGGAAAUGAGUGAAAAAAUGGAAAAUGGAAAUGAGGAUAAGAAGAAGAAGAAUUGUAAGUAAUUGAAAGUAAUUGAAAGUAACUAAGAUUUUUCCAGAAAUUUGG